UCCAGGUAAUGGUGCCUCGGAGACAAAACACACUUCUGCUUCAGCCUCUGCUGUCUGAUACAGAAUACAAAGUUACCAUCACUCCCAUCUAUUCUGAUGGGGAAGGAGUCAGUGUCUCAGCUCCUGGCAAAACUUUACCCUUGUCUGCUCCUAGAAAUUUACGUGUCUCAGAUGAAUGGUACAACAGAUUACGUAUCAGUUGGGAUGCCCCACCAUCACCAACAAUGGGUUACAGAAUUGUCUACAAACCUAUCAACAUCCCUGGUCCUGCGUUGGAGACCUUUGUAGGGGAUGAUAUUAAUACCAUUCUCAUUCUAAAUCUCUUCAGUGGAACGGAGUACAGUGUUAAAGUAUUUGCUUCAUACUCAACAGGCUUCAGUGAUGCCCUAACAGGCAUAGCCAAAACCUUGUACCUGGGUGUGACAAAUUUGGAUUCCUAUCAAGUCCGCAUGACUAGCCUCUGUGCUCAGUGGCAGCUUCACAGACAUGCUACUGCGUACAGGGUAGUUAUAGAAUCGCUUGUGGAUGGGAAAAAGCAAGAGGUAAAUCUUGGUGGAGGGACACCUAGACAUUGUUUCUUUGAGCUGAUGCCUGGAACUGAAUAUAAAAUCAGUGUUCAUACACAGCUUCAGGAGAUAGAGGGCCCUGCUGUAAGCAUCAUGGAGACAACAUUACCAUUUCCAACUCAACCCCCAACAACACCUUCAACACCACCUCCACCACCUACAAUCCCUCCUGCAAAAGAGGUGUGCAAAGCAGCCAAAGCUGACCUAGCGUUCCUAGUGGAUGGCUCAUGGAGUAUUGGAGAUGACAAUUUCAAUAAAAUAAUUAACUUUCUCUAUAGCACUGUUGGAGCUUUGGAUAAGAUUGGUCCUGAUGGAACGCAGGUGGCAAUAAUUCAGUUCAGUGAUGAUCCCAGGACAGAAUUUAAAUUGAAUGCAUACAAAACAAAAGAGACUCUUCUUGAAGCUAUUCAGCAAAUAGCCUACAAAGGAGGAAAUACAAAAACAGGCAAAGCCAUUAAACAUGCAAGAGAAGUCUUGUUUACUGGAGAGGCAGGCAUGAGAAGAGGCAUUCCAAAGGUUUUGGUUGUCAUUACUGAUGGGCGAUCACAGGACGAUGUGAACAAAGUCUCCAGAGAAAUGCAACUAGAUGGUUUCAGCUUUUUUGCUAUUGGAGUAGCUGAUGCUGACUAUUCAGAGUUAGUUAAUAUUGGCAGCAAGCCCAGUGAAAGACAUGUCUUCUUUGUGGAUGACUUUGAUGCCUUUACAAAGAUUGAAGAUGAGCUGAUCACCUUUGUUUGUGAAACUGCAUCAGCAACCUGCCCAUUGGUAGUUAAAGAUGGCAACAAUUUUGCAGGAUUUAAAAUGAUGGAAAUGUUUGGUUUGGUUGAAAAGGAGUUUUCAGCUGUGGAAGGGGUUUCAAUGGAACCUGGUACAUUUAAUGUUUACCCGUGUUACAGACUGCACAAGGAUGCCCUAGUAUCCCAGCCUACCAAGUAUUUGCAUCCUGAAGGUCUCCCAUCUGAUUACACCAUCACGUUUCUCUUCCGUAUACUCCCUGACACACCUCAGGAGCCAUUUGCUCUUUGGGAGAUUUUAAAUGAAGAAUAUGAACCACUGGUUGGAGUUAUUUUAGAUAAUGGUGGUAAAACUCUGACUUUCUUUAACUACGACUACAAAGGAGAUUUUCAAACUGUGACUUUUGAAGGUCCUGAAAUAAGGAAGAUAUUUUAUGGGAGUUUUCAUAAGUUGCAUGUUGUUAUCAGCAAAACUACGGCCAAAAUAAUUAUUGACUGCAAGCAAGUGAGCGAGAAGACCAUUAAUGCAGCAGGGAAUAUCAGUUCUGAUGGCAUAGAAGUGCUGGGGAGAAUGGUCAGAUCCAGAGGACCAAGAGACAACUCUGCGCCAUUGCAGUUACAGAUGUUUGACAUUGUUUGUGCUACCUCAUGGGCCAAUCGGGACAAAUGCUGUGAGCUUCCUGGCUUGAGAGAUGAGGAAAAUUGCCCUGCCCUUCCUCAUGCUUGUUCCUGUUCAGAAGCUAAUAAGGGUCCCCUUGGACCUCCUGGACCACCGGGUGGUCCAGGUGUCAGAGGUGCCAAAGGUCAUCGUGGCGAUCCAGGUCCAAAGGGACCAGAUGGACCUCGAGGUGAAAUUGGUGUUCCUGGACCGCAAGGACCUCCAGGACCACAAGGACCCAGUGGACUUUCUAUUCAAGGGCUUCCAGUGAGACUUAUAAAAUCAAUAGGGUCCUUUCCUGUGAUUUUUGGAACAGCAC